AUGUCCAAACUAACUGCUGGUUCUGUCCAUACUACCUGCCAGUUCUGUCGAAACCGACUGCUGGUUCUAGUGAUGCCAGAUGACUCGGCGUGGUGGCACACUUGGGAAAGACGGGCCAUGCUGGAGGAAGUGUCUAGGAUGAACUUCUCCCACACCACCUUUGUGUUCCGAGGUUUCCCUGAGCUCCAACGGUACCGGCACCUGCUGGCGCUGCCUUUCUUUGUGUCCUACUUGUCUGUACUUGUGGGAAACGUUCUGCUGGUCUUCAUCAUCCACAGCGUGGAGAGUCUUCACAACCCCAUGUACCUUCUUGUCGCUGCCUUAUGCAUCGUUGAUGUUGUUGCGGUGACGGCCAUCAUCCCAAACCUGCUGCUCGGCCUCCUGUUUGACUUGGACCAGAUUUCGCUGGCUGGCUGCUUGACUCAAAUGUUCAUCACGCACUUUCUGUCUUCUGUGGGGUCGACUCUUCUCCUGGCUAUGGCCCUGGAUCGCUACGUCGCUGUCUGUAAGCCGCUACGUUACACCUACAUCAUCGAUUCCUCCAUGCUUGUGAAGCUUUUACUGUUCACACUGGUUCGCAGUGGCUCAGUCAUGGCCACACUGAUCGCUUUGGCAGGUUCACUGCAGUUCUGUAAGUCCAAUGUGAUCCAGCACGGUUACUGUGACCACAUGGCCCUGGUCAGCCUGGCAUGUGGCAGCACUGAGAUGAACAGCGUGAUGGGCGUGGCUGUGAUUGUCUGCUUUGUGGGUGUGGACAUACCACUCAUCAUUUUCUCCUACGGGAAGAUUUUGAGUGUUGUGGUGCAAGUGGCUGGACGGAGCGAGGAUCAGUGGAAGGCGAUCCAUACCUGCGGGACGCACCUGAUGGUCAUGAUGUGUUUCUACCUGGUGGGCAGUGUCACAUUUCUGUCUCAUAAUCUGAAUAUUCCCAUUCCAACGGACAUCAACACCUUCCUGGGGAUUAUGUACAUUCUUUUGCCAGCCACAGUCAACCCAAUCAUCUACGGAGUUCGGACCAGAGAAAUCAGUGGCGCUGUGCAGAGGAUGCUCUUCAUGAACCUGAAACUUAGAAGAACAGAUCGUGGAGCAUGUGGUUCCAGCUGCACCCUCAACUGCUUUGGAGCUGGUGUGCUGGUCCUGCCACAGUCCACCUGA